AAGACUAUAUACCACCAAGAAAACAGGUGAGUUUUAGCCUAGGCUUCGUUGAAUCAGGCUCCGUAUGCGCCUCGUACGGAUUCAAGUGAUGUCACAAGUUGUUAGUGAUGCGUGUUACAAUUUUCUUGAAACCUGGAAAAUAGUACAUAUCCCAUCAACCAGCUAAUUGUUGAAGGGUGACUUCUAGCCUGGGGCUGGCAGAAUGAGCCUCCCCAUGAGGUUAGUACCGUCUGACAUGGUUUCUAGGUUGUUUUGCUUUUUGUUUUAUUUUUUUUUCAUUAAAAAUAAUAUUUGUAUAGAGACCCUAAACAAUUUCUUUUUAUAUAAAGUACCCCUUUUUUGUUCUACAAGUAUAAGUGGACCGAAUGGACCUCAUAAAAACUAGCCCAAUAUGUUUUUACUGGAUACCUAAUAAUAGAGUCAUAGUAAAUUUAUUGUUUGAGUAAAUGAAAACAUCAGUCCAAAAAAAAUUCCCAUUUUCAAAAAAUAUUAAAAUUUCAGCAAAUUGAAAGUGAUACCCAGAAGCUAUUGUUGCAACCAUAACUUAGCUUCAUGUUCAGAAGUUUUGAAGAGAUGCUAAGUGAAAACUGGUAGCAGAAUACAUUCAAAGGUACAUUAAAAACUAUAGCCGACUUUUUGAAAUGUUUGUCGAAAUUGGGGGAUGUGGAACCAAGGCGGUUGGGGUUAGGGUCUGAAAAGGAGAUGAGUUGUAGGUAGCUAUCGGACCAGUGCAUUCACAAGUAGAAGAAUGUGACGGCGAUGAAGAGAGAGCCGAUGAUCUUCAAUGCAAGGGAAUUUCUUAGCAGAUCCAAGUUCAUUUUGGAUCCACGAAUGUUGGAUCUAAUUACAACAGAAGAAGAAGAACAAGAGUGAAUUUGAAUUUUUGUUUGUGCCUUCCCGACAUUGAUAAUUACAUGAACCAGAUCUUAUUACAACAGAAGAAGAAGAACAAGAGUGAAUUUGAAUUUUUAUUUGUGCCUUGCCGACAUUGAUAAUUACGUGAACUAUCUACCCACAAUGAAGCUUACAAAUUUGAUAAAAAUUGUAUUCCAGUGUUGAUUGCCCUCCGCAGGCUCCAUUAAUUGUUGUGAUGAUCUUAUUACAACAGAAGAAGAAGAAGAACAAGAGUGAAUUCGAAUUUUUGUUUGUGCCUUGCCGACAUUGAUAAUGACAUGAACCAUCUACAACAAUGAAGCUUACAAAUUUGAUAAAAAUUGUAUUCCAGUAUUGAUUGCCCUCUGCAGGCUCCAUUAAUUGUUGUGAUGGCCCAAGCAGGGGAGGAAGCCUACUUUAACCAUAAUGACGUCUCUCUUGAGGGUGAAGCCCUGCCAAGUUAUUUACCUGACCAUGAAAAUGAGUUUUGUGAUGAUGGAAGUUACUUUUGUGAUGCUGAAGAACCUGUAAGCGAUGAAGGCAAGAAUGUGGAUUUUGAAGCUGACGAUUUCUUUGAUGAUAACUUCUAUGAGAACUGGGAUGGCAGGUCAAUUGAUCGUAUUGCUGACCUUGGUAGUCUUAACUUGAAGUCAUUAACGGUGGUGAGAUUAAGCUGCUAUAUUUCCCAGAUCUUAAUGUCGCCUUCUCUUUCUACAAUUUUUAUGCCAAAAUGAACGAGUUUUCUGCAAGGAGGAGCAAGUUGAGGCGCAAUGUUAACGGUGAUGUCACACAACAGUCAUUUGUCUGCUUUAGACAGGGAUUUAGAGAGUUAAAAUCCUAUGACGAGAGCAGUCAACGUAAACGUGAGCCAAAAUCAGAGACUAGAUGUGGAUGCCAGGCUGAGAUGCGUGUUCAUGUCCACAUAGAUACUGGGAGAUGGAUCGUAACAUAUUUCCAAGAAGUUCAUAACCAUGAGAUGCUUGCUAAUGAAUUGACCUUCAUGCUUUCGGGACACAGGAAGAUGAAUGCCGGUGCAAUCGACCAAAUGAACAUGAUGUUGAAAGUCGGGAUAAAGACUCCUCAGAUUUAUGCAUCCUUUGUCAACACAGCAGGGAGCUUCCAUAAUGUUCCAUUUUUAAAGAGAGACAUGUAUAACCAAAUAGACAAGCAACGAAGGCUCUUAGGCGGGGAUGCCAUGGCUUGCUUAAAGUUCUUACAAUCAACGGCUAAAGACGAUUCUGGAAUGUUUGUUCGAUACUUGGCUGACAAUGAGGGUCGUUUGGUGCGUUUUUUUUUGGUCUGACAAGUGUAGUCAAUUGGAUUAUCAUAUCUUUGGAGAUGUGUUGGAGUUUUAUGCGACAUAUCGGAAAAAUAAAUAUAUGUGUCCUCUAGUUGUGUUUUCUGGUGUAAAUCAUCAUAAUCAAACCAUUGUGUUUGUCGCUGCUCUUAUCUCAAAUGAGAAUGAGGAUACUUAUACCUGGUUACUACAACAAUUCUUGGAGUGUAUGAAUGGAAAAGCUCCUCAAUGUGUUAUCACGGAUGGUCACGGAGCCAUGAAGAAGGCCAUUGAAUCAGUGUUUCCUGGUGCCUACCACCGGCUCUGUGCAUGGCACUUAAUUAGGAAUGCAACAGCCAACCUUGGGAACCCAACCUUCACGUCUGAGUUUAAAAGAUGCAUGUUUUUCGAUUAUGAGAUAUCAGAGUUCCAAAACCGGUGGGAGAUGAUGGUUUCAAAACUUGGCCUCGAGGAUAAUCAAUGGGUGUGUGACCUUUAUGCUAGGAGGAAAAUGUGGGCUACAGCACACAUUCGUGGGCAUUUUUUUGGGGGUUUCAGGACGACAUCUAGAUGUGAGGGGCUGCAUUCAAUUCUUGGAAAAUUUGUUCACUCGCGGCACAAUUUGAGAGAUUUCGUUGAGCAAUUUUUUCGUUGUAUAUCACAAAUGAGGUCGAGGGAAUGCCAAACUGACCUGGAAUCUAUGGUAGGCGAUCUGGUACUACAAAGUCCACUCCAUGCACUAGAGAGAUCAACUGCAAAUAUACUCACAAGAGAAAUAUUCUUCCUAUUCCGGCCGAUGUUGACAAAGGCGUGCAGUUUGAAGGUCCGAUCAUGCACACUCACACCAACAUGUGAGAUUUAUACCCUUUCACGGUGGGGCAAUUCAUGGAAGGAGUGGCAGGUAUCUCACUACCCUAGUUCUUCUAUUUUUAAGUGCUCUUACAUGAGGAUGGAAUCUCUCGGUAUACCUUGUGAUCAUGUCGUUGCAGUACUUGUACAUUUAGACUUCACCGAAAUUCCAAACAGUCUCUUCUUGGCAAGGUGGUCAAAGAAUGCUAGGUCUAGAGUGAGGGCAUUCAUGGAUAAGGGACCCUUUUGUUGGGAUUCCAUGGUGACUUGUUGAAAUCGGAUGUUGAACGAUCUAUGUAGAGAGAUGUGUGUGCUUGCUUGUAAGAAAGUUGAACAAUUUGUAGAUGUCACUGGCAAGAUCAAGAACGAAAUCAUUUGUCUAAAGCAGCUAAGAGAGUCACCUGAGUCGGCCACAAUGCAGAAUGUAGAGUCCACCACUCUUGAAGGAUGUGUGAGGGAUCCACAAAUGGUCUGUCGUACUAGGCGACAUAGAAAGGGGUCGUUGAACUAUCCCCCACUAAGAGGCCUUAAAUGGUGUGGACUUUAUCGACAGGUGGGCCAUAAUCGCCUAUCAUGCAACUUAGGCCUCAUGGCGCUGACCAUGCUAUCGAAGAAGACUACACUGACCAAUCUAUCGAGGAACCUAAGCUGGGAACCGACUUCAUCCCUACAAACUGAAUCCAUAUUUGUGAAGAUGGUGCUUGUUAUGUGUUGUUUUUCCUUUUUUUUUGUUGGUUGCACCUGAUGGUUUGUGGUGUGACCAUAUGUGCAUCUGCUAUAUUUAUUUUCAUCCUUCUACCAUUUUGAUAUCCCUGAUUAUGUGUGCAUGUGUCCUGCUAUUUCUGAACUUUUGAUAUGAUAGUGUGGAGACUGAAUGGAAAACGGUUUGUGUUAGUUAA